UUAUAAUCGUGCCGGUGGGGGUGGGAAAAAAGAAGGAGGGGUUUAUUCUAGCACACAUCAGUCACCCUCCGCCGGCAUCUGACGGUGUACAACUGAGAAGCAAUCAGUCAGAAAAUAAACAGUUAUUAUUAGAUGGAUUUUUCAUAAAUCCAGUCAGCGUCUUGAUUUUGCCGGCUGUACGGUGAAGUGGAGCGUAGGGCGCGUGUCGCGUAGACGGGCGUGUUUUCGUUUAAGCAGCGGGGGAGGUGUUGGGCAUAACACGGUACAGUCACACAGACAGACACCGACUGCGUGAAGAGACUACAGCAACAGUGGACGGCUUUCAUCGGUAAUCUUCACUUCCAGGACUGAGGUCGCAACUCAUACUUCCAAGAGAUUCAACAUGGACAUGGAGGUGGUAAGGAUGGGACAAGACCACGGCUCGGAUAUGUCGGAGUCAGCUCAUAAGCGGAUGACAUCCGGUUUGACAUGCCGAGUUUGUGGAGACAUCUCCUCAGGCAAACACUACGGCAUCUACGCUUGUAACGGAUGUAGCGGCUUCUUUAAGAGGAGCGUCCGUAGAAAACUAAUUUACAGGUGUCAAGCAGGCACGGGAAUGUGUGUAGUUGACAAAGCUCAUCGCAAUCAAUGCCAAGCCUGUCGCUUGAAGAAAUGUCUUGAGACCGGCAUGAAUAAAGACGCCGUACAGAACGAGAGACAGCCUCGCAAUACAGCACAGAUUCGAUUGGACUGCGUUCCCUCUGUGACUGCCGUAGAUCAUCCUGAUUUUGACGGUAGCCCAGGGAGCAUUAUCAGAGGCGAGCAAGCAUCGUCUACCGUACCGACCAUGCAUCGCUCGGUUACUCCAACCAUCAACCAUCGCUUCAUGGCUAGCCUAAUGACUGCUGAAACGUGCGCUAAACUCGAACCAGAAGAUGAACGAUGUCGUCAAUCGCCUUAUGUAGCUCUUCAGGACAACGGGGAGGUGGAUGUUACUGGUGGAAUGGAUAUAGAGUCUGACGAACGCCUUCGCCAAGGUGCUGUAGGCCGAAGUCAGCAUCAUGACAACACAGCUCGUGAUGUGGCCAUUUAUCCAGGGACUCAGGAGAACAUUUACGAAUCCUCAGCAAGAUUGCUGUUUAUGGCCGUCAAGUGGGCCAAAAAUCUGCCGUCCUUCGCUAAUCUUCCGUUUAGAGACCAGGUUAUUCUCAUCGAGGAAGCGUGGAGUGAGUUAUUCGUUCUAUGUGCCAUCCAGUGGUCUAUGCCGCUAGAUUCCUGCCCGCUUCUAUCACUUUCAGAACACGCCCAUGAAGUAGGAGCAGCGUCACCAGACACGAAGGCCGUCGCCAUGUUGUCAGACAUCCGGGUACUUCGAGAAGUGAUGGCCCGAUUCAAGUCUUUUGCGGUGGACGCGGCUGAAUUUGCUUGUAUGAAGGCCAUUGUAUUGUUUAAACCAGAUGCCAGAGGGCUGAAGGAUCCUAUUCAAGUUGAGAAUUUGCAGGACCAAGCCCAGGUGAUGCUAGGUCAACAUGUUAGAAGCCAACAACCUACUCAUCCAAGCAGGUUUGGUCGCCUUCUCUUGCUACUGCCGUCUCUUCGAUUAGUAUCAUCCGACAAGAUCGAGCGAAUCUUUUUUCGUUGUACCAUCGGUAACACACCCAUGGAGAGAUUGCUGUGUGACAUGUUUAAAAACUAAUUCCCAAGAUGACGUCAUCAGGCUCACGCGAUGCCAGUACAGUUAUGGUUAACAGAUAGCUGCCACCUAAAUGGUUUAAUAAAACCAAAAAUUGCGGAGCUAUUACCCCCAGUCUACAAAUACCCCAAAUGGAGAAAAAUUUCAAGGUAGCCAGUGCACAGUUGCUUCUGAUUUCUUAACGAUAAAGCAAUUGUACAUCUGCAUUAAGGACAAGAAGUUGCUAUAAAUAUAUAUGGCAAAAUUUAAUAUAAGUAAACCAUGAACUUCAAAUUUUGUAAAUAUUUGAAUUUCUUUGUAAAUAAUUAGAUCAUGACGAGAACGUGCAAUAUUCGUGCUAAAUAAGGUUAUUAAAUUAAUCUUUUUUUCGUUCCGUCGUGCAAAUGUGAUGGAAUUACGUUUAUUUUAUUAAUUUAUCAACUCAAUUGUACUUCACAUUCCUAAAUCUGCAAAUAUAUAUCUACUUCAUCGUCAACUAUAUUAACAGAAUUCUGUCAAUAUUGCGCGAUUGUAGAUGAAUAUUUAGGUGGUUUUGCAGUCAGUAGAGGGAAAUGAGUAAUAGAGAGAAUUCCAGAAAAGUGGAAAAAUUAGACCUGUCAAUUGAAAACGAGAGUAGGUCCUUCAGAAUUAAUAUUUCUGUUAAUUGAAAUUGAAUGUAACGGUAAUAACAACCUGAAUACUUCAAGUUAUACUUAAGUCAUAAGUUAGACUUACUCCGGACCGUUCAUGCAAGUAUAAAAUAAAGAGUAAAGUCGAUGCAAUUCGACAAUAGCCAAAGAUUUGUUGCUGUGGUAAUAUGUGAAUUUCAGCUGUACAUUUAAACACUUUUCGUGAGCUCUCGGAAAUGGAUGCGAAGGAUCAAUCACUGGUCACACUGGCCAUGUCCAGGAUACCGAUAAAUUAAACCGACAAUAAAACUCGGGAGCCCUUUCCAGACGUCCGAGAUUCUUAUAUCAUUCAAAAUAAUGAAUUAACCCUUCUUUUUCAUCAUCUCUUUCAUCAGUGCUCGGAGGCAAAAACCAAGGUAAUGAUUUUUAUCCUAAUCUUUGCCCUGGCCUAAUCUUCGGAAGGUGCGCUUACAUAGAAUAACGUACCUCGGAGCGGCGUAGAAAAUUAAACUAAAUCCAUUUAAGUCAGCCGGUUGCCAUAUCGUAUCCUAAAAACCCCGCACAUCAAGUCGAGUUACCAUUGGCACUUUAGGUGACGAUAAGGGAGAUACAUAAAUCAGGUUUGAUUAAAGGGGCUCCCGGUACCCCUCAUUACUGAACCUCGACCAUAACUUUAAACAACAAAUGAGAGGCAAACUAGUCAUUGACUGACUGACAUGUUCACGAAUUGAUAAAAUGCCAGUAAAAUACAUGUACAUGUAUAAGAGUUUAACAAAGGAAAUUAAACUGACCCAGACGUUGGCGGUUCACUUAUGGAUGGACGGAGUUGAUUUUACGAAGAUAUGGAGACAGCAUCUUUAAGCUGCCUUCACCUUAUAACUUGUAUAUUUUAACUGGAUGGAUUUGAGCUAGCUGGGGGCGAAUGAUGAGUUGAGACCAAUGAAAGCUUUCCAGACUGGUGCUUUGAGGAGGUGAAACCCGCGACAAAUUGGCCACAGCUUCACCAGCUUGGGGUGAGUCGCACCACACAUCAAUUUCGAAAAUCACGGAGGGAAAUAUC